CAGGUGGGUGUUGCGUCGAGGAGCAGCGCGUGCGGAGUCCAAACGACUUUAUACUGGCAACGGACGAGAUACCGGGGCAGGACUAGGAUGACGCGGGUCCCGGCGUCGGGCGUCGCAAUCCUUGCGGUCCUAGCGGUGGUUGUAGGCGGCGAGCCCCGCAUGGGCAGGCAGGUGCAGCCCGUGGAGUCGGUCGAGGGCUCGGACGCGCUGCUCACCUGCGUCGUCACGGACGUCGCCAACAACACGGUGCUGUGGAAGUACAUCACCCGCGGCCAGGACGGCAACCCGGAGGCGCAGCGCGCGCGCGUGCUCACCGCCGGCGAGACCAGGAUCACGUCGGACCCGCGCUUCAGCGUCCUCCACGAUGCAGGCGGCGGCGUGUGGGUGCUGUCCAUCCUCAACGCGACGGUCCGGGACGCGGGCCUGUACACGUGCGAGCUCAACACCACGCCCCUGCAGCGGUCGUUCCACGAGCUGAUCGGUGAGUACCGCCUCCUGCCUGACCCGAGCCCUUGA